AGCAAAUAUAAUAAAUAAAUAUAUAUAUAAUGAAGAAGCAUUUUAACUAUGAAAUUUCUUUUGAGUAGCUAAAUGGUAGAAUGCCUCCUACAAAUACUCCGUGUGAUAAAUAACCCAUCAUUCAUUUCGAUUCUAAUGUACAUGUGUUUUGGCCGAGCGAUCAAAAAUUUUAUACGGCAUUAGAAUUGAAAAAUUUCGUCAAAUAAGACUUCUUUAAUCAUCCAUUGGUGUAGCAUUUAAAACCACUGAUACAUCGGAAACCAAUUCAAAAAUAAUACAUGAAAAGACAGUAUGAGGAUCCAUUAGUAGUAAUGAAUUUAUUUUUACAAUCUUAAGAUGGAAAAGAAAAAAGAAAUCCUUAAAAAUCUGUCUUGGUUUGCUGGUCUCAAAAAUAACUCUAAUGAAUUUGCUAAGACUCUUAAAUUUAGACUAAAUCAAUUAUCACAAUAAAAUUACAAUUAGAUCAGCAAAAUUAUUAUUGAACUACUCACUCAAAAAUAGUAAAUAAGUCAUUAUACAUAUUUAGAAAGGAUGAUGUUAUCACAUUCAUUGAAGAAUUAAUCAAUAUUGCUGCAAAUUAAAAUAAAUUUCGUCAUUUGUAUAGUUAAUUGAUGAAAGAAAUAAUUAAACAUACAAAUUCCUAUUAAUUUUUGGAUAGCUAUUUAAAUAGCUUCAUUUAUUAUUAAGAAAAUUACGAGGAAUUUCAAAAUUCAUAUAACAAAGAUGAUGAAAUUGUUGUAUUGACUAAAAGGAAAUAACAUUUUAUUGGAAGUAAAGUGUUCUAUAAUUUUAGAAUAUAAAUUUAUUGUUCAUCUUUAUAAAGAUAGAGUCAUCAAAAUAUAGUACAUCAAUAAUUCCAUUCUCUAAUUACAAAAUAGACUCAUCUAUCUAUUAGAGAAUAAAAAUUUAUAAGCAUUCUUUACAGAUGAAAUUGUUGAGUCUCUUCUUGAUAUUAUUUCAGCAAGUAUCCAUAAUUAAAAUUCUAGUGAAGAAUGAUCUUUUUAUUAAACAAUAUAGAGAGGAUACUUAAUUAGAGCAGGAUUUCAUUUCCUUUUUAAAAUAAAAGGAAUGUACUCAAUGGAAUAAAGAUUAAUUUUGUUUUUCUCCCAAAGGAAUUAGAAUGCUGUAAAUUAAUUCAAAAUAUUCUAGUUUAUGUUGGAUUGAGAAGCGAGUUGCAUCAUAAAGGUUAAAGCUAUUGAUCGCUAAUCUUUUGGAGAAACUAGAUAAUAAUUGGAAAAAUAAAAAACAAAAUUCUAAAAAGAAAUUAGAUACAUCCGAAUCCAGUGAUUCUGAUAUUGAGGAAUUGCCAUUAAAAUAAAAACCAUCAAUUAAAUUGAAUGUUCAAAAUUUAGAUUUAAUACAUGAAGAAGAAAAUGACUUUUCAGUUUAAAAAUAACCUACAAUCAAAUAGAUCCAUUCGAAUUUAGAAAGAAUAUUUCUAAUCAAAUAGACUCAAGAUUACUAUGCGGAGAUAUUAAAGCUAUACUCCUAAAUAAAAUAAUCAGAAUUAAUAGUAUCAUUUUGGAAUUGCUUAUUAAAAUUAAUAACUAGGAUAACGGCUGAUAAUUCUUAAAAAGUUGAGUUUGCCUUCAAAAUAUAUUCAAUAACCAACGAGGAUUUCAUUAAGGAACUAAUCUUAGAGCAAAUUUAAAUUAGAUUAUCUGAAGUGAUCUACGAUGUAAUUGACUCUAAAUUUGGAGUCAAUUUUAUGACUAACCUGCUUAAACCAUUUAUUGAAUAAGACAUCAAAUAACUUCAACUCUUUUCGCAAAUAGAAAUUAAUGAAGAAACUCAAAGCUUUUUUGUUAUAAUAGUGCCAAAGUUAGUUUGUGCUCAAAAUGUAUUAAAUAAUUAAUUAUACUAGAUACAAACUGUUGAAAAUAUAGAAUACUUGUAGAAUUUUCUCAUUGCUAAUUUAUUACUUAAUAAAGACCAAUAUGGUAAGGUUAUGGAUAACAUAAAAUGA